AUGUCUUUGUUGCAUUACUAUGAGACGCAGCGCUCUAACAAGCGCAGAAAGACAUUCGACAAGAAAGCCGAUCCCGAUAGCAAUGAGAGCGAUAGGCCACCACCAAGCCCCAGUCCAUCCGCCGUUGCAGUGGAUAUAUCUCAAGUUGACGAGCCUGAACAUCCACCCAUAAGUAGUCAAACAGAAUUGGAAUCUUCGUUGCCUGAUAUCAAGACGGAUGAACAGGCAAUUGAGGAAUACGAGGCAUCGCACGCCGCGGAUGAGACAGAGCCAGGACUACAUGUGAGAUUGCGCGAUGGCGUCUGGAAGAAGGGAAAAAGUUCCAUUUAUGUCGAUGCUUUCAACUUGGCACUAGAGACGGUGCUGGAUGAAGAACCGCAUCUCUUUAGUGAAUCUGAGAUGGAGGUCUUCGCACAGUGGAAGGAGUUGUCCUAUGAGUCGCAGUAUCUAUAUGUGCGACUCUUCUUGCGCAAAACAUCCGCUUGGCACCGGGUCAAUCGACUGGGCUACUAUUCGGACAUAUCCGACUUGUCUGUAGUAGCUGCUGAUCUCCAGUCUGAUCGAACACUCCCCAAAGUUGAAAACCAGGACCCCUGUAAAUUGGAUCUUCCAGGCAAUUUUCGAUUUGCCGAUGGGACCCAAGAGAUCAAGACCCUGGAAGAGGCUUCCUCUCUUUUAUUACUUGAUGAAUUGAAAAUGUUCGCCAAGGAAGCCAAAGUCCAGGGCAAGAACAAGAAAGAGCUGCUGGCAGCUUUGUGUGAGGCCAGUCAGACACAGACUGGCCUGGAAUUCAAGAAUGAAGCACAAUCCAAUGAAUUUACCAACCGAGAAAGUCAUUUCCUACAGAAAAUCCUGGAUUACACCGGCGAAUGCAUACGUCUCUCUACUGGACCUCGUACUCUGUUCGAGCGGGUGCAUUUGGUCUUCUAUAGAUCAACCGAAUGGUCCGAGAAAUCACUAACCACAAUAAUUCUAGCCAAGAUUUCUCGAAGGAACUUCCCCGAAUACAUUGUAUGCCGGUCAAAUUCCAUUUUCCAAUCCCGGGGGGCUCUUCUGGAAUUCGAAGCUGCCCUGAGGACCCAAUUUGAUAUUGACAAUAUCCUGGAAUUCAAUGGCCCUACGACCACGGAGUCAUUACAAAAGAUUAUAGAUCUCGCCAACAAGUUCCAUCCUAGAUGGCAAGAACUAGCCAAAGAAGAACAGCAGAAGGAAGACUCCAUAUAUGACAGUGGCGAGGGUGCUUAUCUGCGCCGCUUCUCUCCCGCAUGGGUCUAUACACGCAUUAUACACAAAAGCCUCCAACCACUGGGCCGCUUUAAGGAACACAAACGUGAGCAUGAAGUCAUCACAGAGCUCUUAGGUCAACGUCUGUUCCACGCUGCUCGGCGCGGUGCCUGGUACCAGCGCAAAGCGUUGUUAGAAGAGCAUUACAUGUGGGCGCUCAUGCCGUCCGAAGACCGAAAUGAAGAGAAGCAGCGCAAGUUCUGGAAACGAGCUGCGCUGCGAACGUGUGAGGAAGGAUUGGAAGAUCCACUCUGCCACAUGAUAUUUCACUAUGACCUGCAAAAACGAAUAACCAAGCUUGAAAGGGCUCUCAAGGUCGUCAAGCGAGAACAGCACGAUUUUGGCCAUGUGAUGCUGAGCAAGCCGAUUGAACGGACGAUCGAGGGAAUCCGGAUCGAUCGCGAUGAACCUGUGAAGAAGGGGAAGCCUACGAUAUGGAUUGAUGGGAGAGAAGGUGGCGAGUGUAGAGUGGAAAGCAUGUGUUUGAGCUGGUACCGUGAUCAUGGCUGGAAAGGAUAUCAUUCUGAAGGAGGGAUUGUUCGAACUCUGUUUGGAAUUCUCUUCUACGAUAUUCUCUUCACCUACGUCCCCAACGUCUUCCAAACACCAUUUCAAACAUGUCCACUCGAUCUACACACAGAUGUCUUCUAUCCAUCUCGGGCAUCGGAGAUCAAUCACCGACUAGUCGAGAUUACAAACGGCGACGCAGAGAACAUAAUCCGUGAACUUCAUACUCGCGAAGCAGCCAGGCAGCCUUGUGCUAUCGGAAUUGACUGGUCAUUCGAACUAGAAGAUUUGCUUGAGAUCGGGCGGUGUUUUCGGGGUGAAGCACUGGCUACCAUCUGUAAAGUUAUGGCACAAGAAUACCAACAACGCGGCGGUGGUAUUCCUGAUCUUUUUCUUUGGAAUCCGGAGACGAAGACAGUCAUGUUUGCGGAGGUUAAGUCAGAGAACGAUCGAUUAAGUGAUACGCAGCGAUUGUGGAUCCACAUUCUUCUUUCUGCUGGUGUUCAAGUUGAGUUGUGCAAUGCCGUUGCGAAGGAAGUGAGGACGGACUAA